AUGUGGAAAACGGUGUUGAAUAACUCUGAGCCAAUAUCAGAUGGGCUACCCCAUGUCCAAGACUUUGAGAAGUUCAGCGAUGGAGAGACAAUUCCAUGUAGUAGACCUAUCAACAGCGAGUUUAAAGCAUCCAAAGAGCCCUACUAUGAGGUUGCUACUGACAAGGAGUCCGAAUCAACGGUUGAUGACAUUCAACUUCGCGUAAUGGAGGACGAAAGGACGAUGUUUCAGUCGGCAAUCGGAACGGUCAUCUCUUGUCUUGGCAGCGCGGUAGGAACUGGAAAUAUAUGGCGAUUCCCUCGGAUUCUGGCUACACAAAGUUACUACAGAGGUACGUCUUUAGUCAUCUUAUGUAAGCAUUUAAUUAGUAUUUACAUUGUUCCAUCGUAUUCCAAGGUGUACAAAAGCAGUACAAUGAGGGGAUCAGAGUUUCAUGUUCCUGUCAAAGGAGACUUUUCCUCGAAGUUUGCACGUUCCCUUACGUUCUACAUCGCGUGGGCAAUACUCCUCUUCUUUUGGUCUAUACCUGUCAUUUUGGUCGAGUAUGCCAUCGGUCGCUUUACGAAAAAUUCACCAAUCGUAUCCUACCGGAAGUUCAUGGGAAAUUACUUUGUCUGGCUUGGUGGGUGGAUCGUAGUGACUGCAUUUUUUAUCAGCGCCUACUAUUCCGUGAUCAUCGGUUGGUGCUUAUAUUAUCUGUACGUUUCAAUCGCCUUCAAAGAACUACCGACCACAGAAAAGGCAGGGAUGGAAAUCUUUGACAAUUUUUCACGGGCUCCUCAAUGGCCUGUUAUUUGCCAAGUAAUAGCAGUCGUGAUCGCAGGCAUCUUCCUCUUUGGGGGGAUAAAAUGGAUCGAAAAAGCAAACCUUCUCCUGGUCCCGCUCUUAUUGGCAAUAUUGAUAUUCACCUUCGGCUGGUCACUAACUCGCCCAUAUGCCGAAGUCGGGAUAAAAUUUCUCUUCACACCGACUUGGGCACUAGUUGUAUUUUUUCCCUGUAUUAACAUCGUAACUCGCAUGUACUCACAGUUUAAAACACUUAAUUUGUGUUAUCUGUGUAGAAAGCAAGCAUGUGCCCUUCGCUUGUUUGUUACAGAAAGCUUUGCUGACCCGGGCUUAUGGAUAGCAGCGGCGAGUCAAAAUGCCUUCGACACGGGUGCUGGCCUCUCUGUGCUCUUCACCUACGCCACUUAUAUGAGCCGCUCCGCAGGCAUAACCAAAUACAGUGUAUUUAUUCCAAUGAUGAACAAUCUUGUAAGACGUGAAAAUUCAGAUGCGUCCAACGUGCGUUGGUGGUGUAGUGCUAACACGCUCGCCUCAAAUGUCCGGAGCCGAAUUCCACUGGGCAUCUUAAAGAAGCAAUGCCUCCAAUGUAGAACUUCGUUUCGCUUACUGGCGCAUGUAUUCUUCUGUUUGUUACUUCGCAGCUUAUACGCAUCAAUAACCAUAUUCUCCACGGUGUUUUCAACUCUCAUCGAUGAAGAUGGUGCAAUGACACGUUCGGCCAUUCUGCAAAUUAUGCAGCAGUCAGGGCCAGGAAGUACCGGUCUCACUUUCACAUGGAUUCCUGUGUUGUUCUCCAAGGUUGGCAUACUUGGACGCGUUCUGUGCGCACUCUUUUUCUUAUGCCUCACAUUCGCUGGUAUCAGUUCUCUUCUGGCAAACAUCCAAGUGUAUGUGUUGACUGCGAAGGAGAUUGGAGUGGUUUUAUUGGCAUAUUUCUCGGUCUGUUGCACCGGUGUUUUAAAUGAACUGUUUAAGCUCAUAACGUUGCAACUGCAUCGUAUUUCAGUGCCACAUCGGAUAGCGGUCGCUGGAAGCCUGCUUGCCUGCGUGAUUGUUGGCCUACCAUCGGCUAUCAAGCUGGAGAUUUUGGAAAACCAGUCACUCUUAUUUUGUGUUUUACCACUCUUCAUCUGCGGUAAACAGGACAACACCUGGGGUUAUGCACUCAUCGUGUCCGGUAUGGUCCUGACCGGUCUGGUUAUCGUUUACAAUCCUGUCCGAUUUCGCCGAAUCAUCAUUAAUAACUUCGGCACAAAUGACUGGCCAGUACCUAUCAUUUGGAUUGGAAUUAUCUCCGUGGUCGUGCCCGUCAUCUUUGUGUUCUUAAUCGUCUGGUGGAUUUACGAUUAUAUUAGGGAAGCGGAACGCUGGUACGAUGUGACGUGGACUUCGGUAACAUUGACGCUUAUUGAGUGGUUGGUCGUGCUUGUUGUUAUCCUGAUAAUAAAUUUCGUGGUCGUUCGAAUCAAACGGGACUUAUAUGUUGAAACUCGAAAAUAUGGAUCCGAUCCCCACAAUCCGGAAACCUACGAAAAAGAUUCAAUUCUGACAAUUAAAACGGUUCGUGUUCCCAAAAAAAGUGUGGAUUCGGUCCGAACAGUCUAG